CGCAGUCAACGAACGCCUCUUCGUGCUUACACCUGAACACUACAUGAUUGACUUUGAAGUGGCAGCCCGAAAUGCAGUGAAAGAGAACUUUCCCAACACGACCAUCCGGGGAUGCUUUUUCCACUACACACAGUGUAUUUGGAGGAAAGUGCAAAACUGUGGACUGACAACAGAGUUCAAAGAGAAUGAAGACUUCCAUAGACUCGUGAGAAGGGCCGCCGUCCUGCCUCUUGUUCCAGCUCCCCGUGUUGAGGACAUGUGGUUCCAAGCCUUAGAGGACCAUGAUGACAACACCGCCGCUGUGAUACGAUUCAAGGACUACGUGACCAAGUCCUGGGUUGAAGGGCAUCUUGACAUCUCAAACCAUUUUGAUCACGACGGACAUAGAACCACCAACACAGUUGAGGGAUGGCAUCACAAGUUCAACAGAAUGUGCAGACGUGCCCAUCCAAACAUCUUUGUAUUCAUCGAGAUGCUCCAAAAAGAACAGGCGGCAAAUGAGGCAAAGAUCAUCCAGAUUACAGCAGGAGGAGUCGUGCGUCCCAAAAAGAGGAAAUACCGCCAGCUGGAUUCACGUCUCCAGCGUCUCAAGGAGAGACUGCGUCAAGGAAAAAUGGACAUAGUGGCCUAUGCUGACGCAGCCUCACAUCUCAUUCAUUUUGAGUGA